AGAUGUGAUGAAAGAAUGUCGACACUAUCGCGCUCAUUUCCUUGCAAACAGUCAGCAGCCGAAGGAACCCCCUCCUACUCUCUCCCCUCUCAACACCCUCACUAUGACGACACCCUCUCUCUUACCCAAUUCUCUUCCCUUCUUCAUGUUCCUCCUUCUCCCUUUCAUCUUCAUCUCAUUAUUAAUAUUUCAGAUUCCUCGGCAUCCAACUAUUCUACUAUAACCCCCCCAACCCAUACGCACUCUCCCAAAUAUCCCUCUAGUGCUAUCAUCAUCCCAUGUUUCUGAUUGAGGAUAUCUGGCCACCACUCCAGCAAUUCCUAUCGAAUACUCGUCUUCAUUCAGCAUCGAUUUUCCAGCAACUGCCGGAAUUCAUGGCGGCCUCCACAUGCGGCGACCGGGAUGCCGAGCUCUGCCGUGAUGACUCGGCCGCCUUCGUUCUCAAGUUCGUGGCCAUCGCCUCCAUCCUCCUCGCCGGAAUGGCUGGGAUCGCCAUUCCGCUCAUCGGAAAACACCGCAGAUUCCUCCGAACAGACGGAAACCUAUUCGUCGCCGCGAAGGCCUUUGCGGCGGGUGUCAUACUCGCCACCGGGUUCGUCCAUAUGCUAUCAGACGCUACUGAUGCGCUGAACAACCCGUGCUUACCAACGUCACCGUGGCACAAGUUUCCGUUCACCGGGUUCUUCGCAAUGAUGGCGGCUCUCUUUACGCUGCUGCUUGAUUUCGUGGGGACUCAGUACUACGAGCGGAAGCAAGGGGUGAACCGUGCGGUGGAGGAGCAGGCGCGAGUCGGAACUUCGGAAUCCGGCGUAGAAGACGGGAUCGUGGAGGCGAAGGAUUGGAGUGGGAAGGUUUUUGGAGAAGAAGAGAAGGGUGGAAUGCACAUCGUGGGAAUGCACGCGCACGCUGCUCACCAUAGACAUAACCACCCCCAUGGCCAGGACGCUUGCCAUGGCAUUGGUGGCGGCGUCAGGCCCCACGACCACGGCCAUGUCCACGGCACGCAUGAGGAGGAGGAUAGUGACGUCCGCCACGUGGUUGUUUCUCAGGUGCUGGAGCUUGGGAUAGUGUCGCACUCAGUGAUAAUUGGGUUGUCUCUGGGGGUUUCACAGAGCCCAUGCACCAUAAGGCCCUUAAUUGCAGCAUUGUCUUUUCAUCAAUUCUUUGAAGGGUUUGCACUGGGAGGGUGCAUCUCCCAGGCACAAUUCAAGACCUCAUCCGCAACAAUAAUGGCUUGUUUCUUUGCACUAACCACACCCACCGGUGUUGGGAUCGGAACCGCAAUCGCGUCGGUGUAUAACCCUCACAGUGCGGGUGCACUGGUCACUGAGGGCAUACUGGACUCUUUGUCAGCAGGGAUUUUGGUGUACAUGGCGUUAGUGGACUUGAUAGCGGCAGAUUUUCUUAGCAAAAGAAUGAGUUGUAAUUUUAGGCUGCAGAUAGUAUCUUACUGUAUGCUUUUUCUUGGGGCUGGAUUGAUGUCUUCGCUCGCAAUCUGGGCUUGACAAUGAUUCAAUCUGAUCCUUCUUCCGUUAUACCUGUAAACUAGUAGUACGUCGAUCAAUAACUCAUAUCACACCACUUUUUUGUUUUCCUUUCUGUGUUACUUUGGUUUCUCUUUACCUUCUCUGCCUUUACGUACAAACUGAAAAACGUGUAACCACUGUAACACGGAAACUAAAGAUAAAUACUGUAGUCCGGUUGUUGGACUGAAGAAUUCACAAA